CAUGAGCGAGCCCGCUCUCCGCAGCUGCCCCGGGCGCGAAUGGCAGGCGAUCUCCGCGGACUCCGAGCGGGCGCCGGUCUGUGGUGGUCGUUUCCAAUGACGGACUUCCACCAGACCGUCAGAUCCUGGGGAGUCGCGAGCCCCGAGUUGGGAGUUUUUUUCCCCCCACCGCGUCACAGUCCGGACUGCAGAGGAAAAGGACGGAGUCAGGAGCGAGGCGAAGCCCGGGCUCCUGGGGCUCCGGCUCCGGCUCCGGCACGUACUUAGGAAACUUGCGGGUCGUACAAACCGUCUCCAGCCUCGCCGGCCGCCCUCGCAGCCCCGAGCGCGGCAGCAAAGUGAGACAUUGUGCGCCUGCCAGAUCCGCCGGCCGCGGGGCCGGGCUGCCUCGGAAACACAGAGGGGUCUUCUCUCGCCCUGCAUAUAAUUAGUCUGCACACAAAGGAAGCAGCUGAAUGGAGGUUGUCACUCUCUGGAAAAGGGUGGAUUUCUGACCGAACGCUUCCAAUGGACAUUCUCCAGUCUCUCUGGGAAGAUUCUCGCUAAUGGAUUUCCUGCUGCUCGGUCUCUGUCUACACUGGCUGCUGAGGAGGCCCUCGGGGGUGGUCUUGUGUCUGCUGGGGGCCUGCUUUCAGAUGCUGCCCGCCGCCCCCAGCGGGUGCCCGCAGCUGUGCCGGUGCGAGGGGCGGCUGCUGUACUGCGAGGCGCUCAACCUCACCGAGGCGCCGCACAACCUGUCCGGCCUGCUGGGCUUGUCGCUGCGCUACAACAGCCUCUCGGAGCUGCGCGCCGGCCAGUUCGGCGGGUUAAUGCAGCUCACGUGGCUGUAUCUGGACCACAAUCACAUCUGCUCGGUGCAGGGGGACGCCUUUCAGAAACUGCGCCGAGUUAAGGAACUGACGCUGAGUUCCAACCAGAUCACCCAGCUGGCCAACACCACCUUCCGGCCCAUGCCCAACCUGCGCAGCGUGGACCUGUCCUACAACAAGCUGCAGGCGCUCGCGCCCGACCUCUUCCACGGGCUGCGGAAGCUCACCACGCUGCACAUGCGGGCCAACGCCAUCCAGUUCGUGCCCGUGCGCAUCUUCCAGGACUGCCGCAGCCUCAAGUUUCUCGACAUAGGAUACAAUCAGCUCAAGAGUCUGGCGCGCAACUCUUUCGCCGGCUUGUUUAAGCUCACGGAGCUGCACCUGGAACAUAACGACCUGGUCAAGGUGAACUUCGCCCACUUCCCGCGCCUCAUCUCCCUGAACUCGCUCUGCCUGCGGCGGAAUAAGGUGGCCAUUGUGGUCAACUCCCUGGACUGGGUUUGGAAUCUGGAGAAAAUGGACCUGUCGGGCAACGAGAUUGAGUACAUGGAACCCCACGUGUUUGAGACCGUGCCACACCUGCAGUCCCUGCAGCUGGACUCCAACCGCCUCACCUACAUCGAGCCCCGUAUCCUCAACUCCUGGAAGUCCCUUUCGAGCAUCACUCUGACUGGGAACCUGUGGGACUGCGGGCGCAACGUGUGUGCCCUGGCCUCCUGGCUCAACAACUUCCAAGGGCGCUAUGACGGCACUUUGCAGUGCGCCAGCCCGGAGUACGCACAAGGCGAAGACGUCCUCGAUGCUGUCUAUGCCUUCCACCUGUGCGAGGAUGGCGCCGAGCCCACCAGCGGCCACCUCCUGUCGGCUGUCACCAACCGCAGUGACCUAGUGCCCCCUGACACUUCAGCAACCGCGUUCCUGGACGGCGGGGAGGGGCAGCGCGAUGGCACUUUCGAGCCUGCCACCGUGGCUCUCCCCGGAGGCGAGCACGCGGAGAACGCCGUGCAGAUCCACAAAGUGGUCACGGGCACCAUGGCCCUCAUCUUCUCCUUCCUCAUCGUGGUCCUGGUGCUCUAUGUGUCCUGGAAGUGUUUCCCGGCCAGCCUCAGGCAGCUCAGACAGUGCUUUGUCACGCAGCGCCGAAAGCAGAAGCAGAAGCAGGCCAUGCAUCAGAUGGCUGCCAUGUCUACCCAGGAAUACUACGUUGAUUACAAACCUAACCACAUCGAGGGAGCCCUGGUGAUCAUCAACGAGUACGGCUCCUGUACCUGCCACCAGCAGCCCGCGAGGGAAUGCGAGGUGUGAUGGCCCCUGUGGCACUCAACCCAUGCGCUACCAAAUACGCCUGUGCAGCCAGGUGGCCAGGCGGGCACCAGGCUUGGGUCUCUUCGUGUGUGCUCUGCUCUGCUCCUUGACUGAAACUGUAACGGGGUCUCUCCCAGAGACUUGACAUUUUAGCUUUAUGUGUCUUAAAAAAAAAACAACAAAAAACAACAAACAAAAAAAGAAAUAAAACACGACAAAACCCCACCCCACAAUC